UUGAGGGGCCAGAGCAAGGAGGGGGGAACACCUCAUCAUUUCAGCCAUAAGCUCCCAACAGACAGCACUGCUUUGCAAUCAAUGAAUGAAAUCAGGAAGUAACUGAAGAAAAAUUAUUAAGAAAAGGAGAUGAAAGAAAUGAAGAAGAAUAUUUUAGAGAAAUAGAGGGCAGUGUGACUCUGAGCUCAGUUCAAGUCCCCAGAGGGCAGCUGGCAUUUGCCGAACAGCAGGGAGACCACCAGGCAGGACAUGUGUCUGCUCCCGGUUCUGUUGUUUCUUGUCGUCCAGGGCCAUUUCUCCACCUGUGAGGGAAAAAAGGUGAGAGGCACAGAGGGAGGCACACUGACUGUGCGCUGUACAUAUGGUCGCGGAUGGGAAUCCUACAGGAAGUGGUGGUGUCGUGGAAAUGGCUGGGAUUCCUGCAAAAUCCUUGUUAAAACCACCGGGUCAGAGCAACUGGUGAAGAAGGGCCGAGCGUCCAUCCAGGAUAAUCACAGCCAACACACAUUCACCAUGACCUUGGAGAAUCUCCAGCGUGAUGAUGCAGACAUCUACUGGUGUGGGAUCGAGCAAUUUGGCACUGACCUGGGGUUCAAAUUUUCUGUGAUUGUCACUCCAGCACCCAAUCGAACAGAGUCUCCCAAGCCUAUAGCAACAACGCUACCCAGUCGGACCUCCACUUUUCCAUCUACCCAGGACAUCAAUAGCAGCCAGCCCCUGGAUUUGAAUAGCCCGUUAACCAGGUGA